AUGGGUGCUUUUGCUAAACAUUUCUACGUGGCUCUUCUUCUUUUGAGUGUUUUUAGUGCUUUGAUUGGUGUCAGUCGUGAGGGAGAUGUUGGUGAUGAGAAUGGUUAUGAGACUGAUGAUUACUGCUCUCAUCGAAGUUGGCGAAGUUGUGGAAGCUUUUAUGGUAGAGGUCUCGGUGGUGGCGGUGGUGGAGGAGGAGGAGGAGGUGGUGGGGGUAAAGGUUCUGGUCAUGGUGAAGGCUAUGGGGCUGGAGGUGGUGUAGGUGGUAAUGGUGGGGGUGGUGCUGGUGGAGGAGGUGGAGUUGGGGUUGGAGGAGGGUCUGGGGGUAAAGGUUCCGGUCAUGGUGAAGGCUAUGGAGCUGGAGGUGGUGUAGGUGGGGGUGGUGCUGGUGGAGGAGGUGGUGGAGGUGGGGUUGGAGGAGGGUCUGGUCAUGACAGUGGAUAUGGUGCUGGUGGAGGAGUUGGAGGUGGGGAAGCUGGAGGUGUAGGUGGAAGUGGAGAGGGAGGUGGAGGAGGUGGCUCUGAUGGGAGUGGAGAAGGUCAUGGUAGUGGUUUUGGUGCUGGGGUUGGUGUGGGUGGAUUUGGUGGAGGUGGAGGAGGAGGAGGUGGUUCUGAUGGAGGGUAUGGUCAUGGAAGUGGUUUUGGUGCAGGAGGGGGUGCAGGAAGUGGUGGAGGUGGAGGUGGAGGAGGAGGAGGUGAAGGAUAUGGGCAUGGUGAGGGUAGUGAUUACGGAGGAGGAGUUGGAGUAGGGAAAGGUUAUGGAAGGAAGAAUGGGGUGAAUAUGGGAUUCGGAAUGGGAAUUGGAUUUGGAUUCGGAAUCGGAAAUGGUGGUGGUGGUGGUGGUGGUGGUGAUGCAAACAAAGAUAGCAACAAUGGAAAUCCCUAG